AUGUCGAUGUACCGACAGUUGUUGCCGGCUGCAGUUGUGAUGCUGUUGCAUUGCCGCUCCGCGGCGGGCAGCUUUCAGUUCGCUUACUUCACCGACCUGAGCUCAGAGCAAGCUGCAAUGCCGAUGAUCGACGACCGAGCUAGUCAGAUCAUGGAGGCCCACACCCGACCUACGCUAUACCCUCUGCGAGAGCAAGCUGCUGGAGAACUAUUCGAGGGGCUUGAGAGUCCUCCAUGUACUGAUAUUGCUGCUGUGUGCAUCAUGUUUGAUACCGGGCCCUGGGCCCAAGUGUUGUCCACGCAGGCCAUUACCAAAAUUGACGACUCAGCCGGUUCAGUGAGCGCUGUGGCGCUCAAAGCCUACGAUGAAGUUUGCCCGGAAAGCUGGGUUCUAGGCAAGGGCGAUCAGCUGCAGAGCCAGCGUGCCAUCGUUGCAGGCUGGAGUUGCAGUGCAGCCCGUUGCGCGGAAAAAAGAAGGCUACAGGCUGUGGUGAAUUUGCUUGCAAUGGAUGCGGCAGGCUGGACAGCUGAAGACAAGGCGGCAUUUGAGUCUGAGUACGUGUGGAGUCAGCUGGCGUUCCCUCGGUCAGCCGUGUCAACGUGGUGGGAAGCCUCGAUCAACGGCUGGGCUCCGGCAGAGUAUGUACUCUGCAACAAGCGUCAAACCUUCGCGGGACUGUCGCCAGACGAGAAGAGGGCAUUUGAAGACACAUGCGGGGUUCGCUUUCCCUGCCGGUCCGUGCACGAUUGUGAACGGUCAUAUGAGACACCAUGUCCUCGGGGCUGGUACUCCCUCGACGGUGGCUUAACAUGUGUGGCGCCGCUGGCGUAUUCUGGGAAUUGCAGCCGGCUGCUAGACAAUGCUCAAGCUCUCAGCAAGCAAGCCAAGGUAAGACUGGAAGCUGUGUGCGAUGUGGUGUACCCAUGCAGGGAAGACGUGCUGCUGUCACACGCAUCCUCCCCAGAUACAAAGUCCAGUCCAACACCUCGUGCGCAGUUGUCCCUUUGGUUUCUGCGGAAUGGAGCCAUUCCGUCAAUGUAA